AUGAGUGAGGUUUUGCGCAGAGCCAAACACGCACUUAGCGUCAAGCAGUACCAAUCUCUCUUGAAUCAGUAUGCAGCUACUCAAUCAAUUGCCAAAACUAAGGCUUUACACUGCCACGUCAUCACCGGCGGUCGAGUUUCCGAUCACAUUCUCUCGACUCUCUCCGUCACGUAUGCCCUAUGCGGUCACAUCGCUUAUGCACACAAGCUGUUCGAGGAAAUGCCUCAAAGCUCCUUGCUUUCGUACAACAUCGUCAUCAGAAUGUACGUGCGUGACGGAUUGUAUCAAGAUGCUAUCAACACGUUCGUUAGGAUGGUUAGUGAGGGGAUUCGUUGUUUUCCUGAUGGUUACACGUACCCUUUUGUCGCAAAGGCUGCUGGAGAGUUAAAGUCUGUGAAUUUAGGGAUGGUUGUUCAUGGGAGGAUCUUGAGAAGCUGUUUUGGUGCGGAUAAGUAUGUGCAGAACGCGUUGCUGGCUAUGUAUAUGAACCUUGGGAGGAUUGAAACGGCGAGGAGAGUGUUUGGUGUAAUGAAGAACAGAGAUGUGAUUUCGUGGAACACGAUGAUUAGUGGGUAUUAUAGGAAUGGAUAUAUGGAUGAUGCUCUGAUGACGUUUGAUCGGAUGGUAAAUGAAGGUGUUGAUCCUGACCACGCUACAAUUGUUUCCGUGUUGCCUGUUUGUGGUCACUUGAAGGAUUUGGAAAUGGGGAGAAAGGUUCAUAGAUUGGUUGAAGAGAAGCGGUUAGGGGAUAAAAUAGAGGUGAAGAACGUGAUGGUGAAUAUGUACUUGAAAUGUGGUCGCAUGGACGAGGCGAGAUUUGUCUUUGAUAGGAUGCAACGGAGGGAUGUGAUCGCAUGGACUUGUAUGAUUAAUGGUUACAUAGAAGAUGGUGAUGUGAAAAACGCUUUGGAGCUGUGUAGAUCGAUGCAGUUUGAUGGCGUAAAGCCUAAUGCUGUUACUAUAGCCUCUCUUGUUUCAGCAUGUGGUGAUGCUUUGAAGCUGAAUGAUGGUAAAUGUUUACAUGGUUGGGCAAUAAGGCAAGAGAUGUUUUCCGAUGUCAUUGUAGAAACAUCUUUGAUCAGCAUGUAUGCUAAAUGCAAACGUAUUGACCUGUGUUUCAAAGUCUUUUCGGGGGCUUCGAAGAACCAAACUGGACCUUGGAGUGCAAUUAUCUCUGGUUGUUUACAGAAUGAGCUUGUGAGGGACGCGUUGGAUCUCUUCAAAUGGAUGCGACGGGAAGAUGUAGAGCCGAACAUUGCUACACUAAACAGUCUUCUUCCAGCAUAUGCAACAUUGGCAGAUUUGCACCAGGCAAUGAAUAUACAUUGCUACCUAACGAAAACCGGGUUUAUGUCAAGCCUCGAUGCUGCUACAGGGCUGGUUCAUGUUUACUCAAAGUGUGGAACUUUAGAAUCCGCCCACAAGAUAUUCAAUGGGAUCCAGGAGAAACACAAGAGCAAAGAUAUAGUUCUAUGGGGUGCAUUGAUUUCUGGCUACGGUAUGCACGGAGAUGGCCAUAACGCGUUGCAAGUUUUCAUGGAAAUGGUUCGGUCUGGUGUGGCACCAAACGAAAUUACAUUUACCUCUGCCUUAAACGCGUGCAGCCAUUCCGGUUUGGUCGAAGAAGGGUUGACACUAUUCAUGUUUAUGCUUGAACAUCAUAAGACGGUAGCUCGAUCAAACCAUUACACUUGCAUUGUUGAUCUCCUUGGCCGAGCAGGUCGGCUAGACGAAGCUUACAAUCUCAUUACAACGAUUCCAUUAGAACCGGCCUCGACCGUUUGGGGUGCAUUGCUUGCUGCUUGUGUCACACACGAGAAUGUCCAGCUUGGAGAAAUCGCAGCAGACAAGCUGUUCAAGCUGGAACCAGAGAACACUGGAAAUUAUGUGUUACUGGCGAAUAUCUAUGCGGCUUUGGGGAGAUGGAAAGAUAUGGAGAAGGUGAGAGAAAUGAUGGAGAAUGAUGGAUUGAGAAAGAAACCGGCUCAUAGCACAAUCUAGAUCAGACGUAGUUUAAGAUUAUGAACAGAUGAAAGAUAGAGAUAUUCAUAUAGGAACUAGACCAUAGUUAUGAACAGAAGUUA